GUUUAGGAGGGAGAUGCCUUUGCCGUGGUUUCCCACCCCCCGUCCUCUCCGUGCCGGGGGGGGGCGGUGAUGUGGAGACGGGAAUGUAGAGCAAAACCCUCCCCGGGAAGGAGCGACCAAAACAAACCUCUCGCCGUGGCUUUGGCGGCCGCGCAGUGCCCGGGGAAGCCCGAGCAGCCCCUGCCAGCGCCGGGGAAUCCCUCCUCCAGCCCCCGGCGGUGCCCCGGGCUCCCGCGGAGCAAGCUUCAGAAAUGGAGCUGUCUAUCUGAAGAAGACUCUGCCCAAAUAUUUGUAGUCUCCAAGCUCAUUCUACUAAAGACUCUGGUGUUACAACUGCAUCCUUUUCAGAAUGGCUGAGAAGGCUCCGCCAGGGAUCAACAAAAAGUCUUCGAGGUCUACCCUUUCUCUGCCUCCAGAACCAGUGGAGAUCAUUAGGAGCAAAGCCUGCUCGCGGAGAGUUAAAAUAAAUGUUGGUGGGCUCAACCAUGAAGUGUUGUGGAGGACUUUGGACAGACUUCCAAGGACACGAUUAGGAAAGCUCAGAGACUGCAAUACUCAUGAAUCUCUGCUAGAAGUAUGUGAUGACUAUAAUCUAAAUGAAAAUGAAUAUUUUUUUGAUCGACACCCAGGGGCUUUCACUUCCAUUUUGAAUUUCUACAGGACAGGGAAACUACAUAUGAUGGAAGAAAUGUGUGCUCUUUCUUUUGGCCAGGAGCUUGAUUACUGGGGGAUUGACGAGAUAUAUUUAGAAUCUUGCUGCCAGGCAAGAUACCAUCAAAAGAAAGAGCAGAUGAAUGAGGAGCUGAGGAGAGAGGCAGAGACACUGCGCGAGAGAGAAGGGGAAGAGUUUGAUAAUACCUGCUGCCCAGAUAAAAGGAAGAAGCUCUGGGACUUGCUGGAGAAACCCAACUCGUCUGUGGCAGCAAAGAUUUUGGCCAUUGUGUCCAUUCUGUUCAUCGUACUGUCCACUAUUGCUUUGUCUCUUAACACACUGCCAGAGCUUCAAGAAAUAGAUGAAUUUGGGCAGCCAAAUGACAACCCUCAGCUAGCACACGUUGAAGCUGUGUGUAUUGCUUGGUUUACCAUGGAGUACCUUUUGCGUUUUCUGUCCUCACCAAAUAAGUGGAAGUUCUUCAAAGGCCCAUUAAAUGUCAUUGACUUACUGGCUAUCUUGCCAUACUAUGUCACCAUUUUCCUCACAGAGUCCAAUAAAAGUGUCCUGCAGUUCCAAAACGUCAGACGUGUGGUUCAGAUAUUUCGUAUUAUGAGGAUCCUAAGGAUUCUUAAGCUCGCCAGACACUCAACAGGCCUUCAAUCUUUAGGUUUUACGCUCAGGCGGAGUUACAAUGAAUUGGGCUUGUUGAUAUUAUUUUUAGCCAUGGGAAUAAUGAUAUUUUCAAGUCUUGUGUUCUUUGCUGAAAAGGAUGAGGAUGCUACAAAAUUUACCAGUAUCCCUGCAUCAUUCUGGUGGGCAACAAUCACUAUGACUACUGUAGGAUACGGUGACAUUUAUCCUAAGACAUUAUUAGGUAAAAUAGUUGGAGGACUUUGCUGUAUUGCUGGAGUGCUGGUCAUAGCCCUGCCCAUACCAAUUAUUGUGAACAAUUUCUCAGAGUUUUAUAAGGAACAGAAAAGACAGGAGAAGGCAAUUAAAAGGAGAGAAGCACUUGAGCGAGCUAAAAGAAAUGGCAGCAUUGUCUCCAUGAACCUGAAAGAUGCCUUUGCUCGCAGUAUGGAAAUGAUAGACGUAGCAGUAGAUUCAGGUAAGCCUGGAGAAGCAGCCAAUCCAAAGGAGACACCUGAUGACAACCACCUGUCCCCAAGCCGGUGGAAAUGGGCCAGAAGGACAAUGUCUGAAACAAGCUCAAACAAGUCUUAUGAGAACAAAUACCAAGAAGUUAGUCAACAAGACUCCCACGAGCAAUUAAACAAUGCUGCAGCAUCCUCCAGCCCGCAGCACCUCAGUGCCCAAAAACUGGAGAUGUUGUAUAAUGAAAUUACUAAAACUCAGUCUCAGCCUAAUCUUAAUGCUGGUUACCAAGACCAGUCAGCAAAGCCACCUGUGUAUGAAGAAGAAAUAGAAAUGGAAGAAGUUACAGGUCAGAGAGAUCCAUUGCCAGCUGGACCUACGGACAUCAUAACAGACAUGAGAAGCACAUCCAGUAUUGACAGUUUUGCCAGUUGUGCGACCGACUUCACGGAAACAGAGAGGUCUCCCCUUUCUCUGUUUCCUGGCUCUCACUUUCAAAUGAGAUUUCCAGCUGAUGCUGUUAACCUGGAAGACAACCAAAGAGUAAGGAGUUCUCAGUUUAUACCAUUCACAAAAGACAGAAUGUUUUCUCCAACCGAUGUCACCUUUGACUAUAAUCCAAUCGACAGAGCUCUUGUCAGUGACGGCAGUGGAUCCCAGACUGUUUUGCAUGGUCAUUUGCAUUUAGACACUGCCAUGGAAAGCCCCAAAAGUUCCCUGAAAGGUAGCAACCCAUUAAAAUCUAGAUCCCUUAAAGUUAACUUUAAAGACAAUAGAGGUGGUGCUCCACAAACUCCACCGAGCACUGCAAGGCCACUGCCAGUAAUGGCAGGAGCAGACUUCACACAGGCCACCCCUCAGCACAUCAGCACCAUUCUCCUAGAAGAAAAUUCACCCCAAGGUGAACGACCUCUACUUGGUGCUGACGCAUCAGCACUUUGUCAGGGACCUGUUAAAAAAUCAUCCCCUCUCUUUCCCAAACAAAAGAUUUUCACUUUCCCUUCAAAAGAGAGGAGGAGCUUCACUGAAAUAGACACUGGAGAAGAAGAAGAGUUUAUGGAGUUACAUGGUAUAAAACAGGAAAAGCAACAGGAUGUCAAGACAAAUUGCUGUGGGGAUAAACACAGUGAUGGCAACCAUUUAACAGAGGAGCCACAGGUCAGCUCUUCACCCAAAAGCAUGAGCCACAACUGUACCCAAGACAUUUACCAUGCUGUGGGUGAGGUAAAGAAAGACAGUAACCAAGAAGGCCACAAAAUGGAAAACCACUUAUUUGCCCCAGAAAUUCAUUCAAGUCCAGGAGAAACUGGUUACUGUCCGACACGUGAAACUAGCAUGUGACUAGUUACAAAAGCAAUAAAAAUAUUUUUUCUUAAAACACAGUUAGUAAUGCCUAUGAACUGAAACAUGGAAAGCCUCAAAAAAGUGCAUAAAAUGUUAUUUUUGCAUGGCAUGAAAAGUUGUUUAGUUUAAAUACUGUUUAAUUUAAAAAAAAAAAGACUGCUUUUUGUAACAAACUGAAAAAAAUGGGGAAAAAUGACUCAAGAACAGUGAAUAAAAUAAAGAGAGCUCUGUUAGGAGCCAGUGUUCUGCAACAUCUGACAUUUUUGAUCCUUUCACUUCUGAUUGUAGACAGAUUUUGAACUCUUUUAACUUUUUUUUGUUUUCUUGGUUAUAAAGAAUUUUAGAAUUUGCACAUGAAAGGAUGAAAUGUCAGUGCAUGCAUUCAUAAAGAUGUGAAACAAGGUGCUCUGAGCUUGCAAAAUGCAUAUAUUUGUAAAUAGUUUGGGGUUGGGGGGAAAGCUACUGUUAACAAGGAUUUAUGGAAAAAGCAUUUCCUGGGACACAGGUACUUCCUUCACAGCGUGCUGCCUGGAGGUUUUGUACAGACUUAUGUUGCAAAAUUGCAACUUCUACUUAAAGCAUCUCACGUAUCUUGCUUUCUGUUAAAAAGCUCAUGAGUAUAUCUGUUAAUUAAGGACUACAGUAUUUUAGUUCAUCUGUGCUGUAAAUCAUGAUGGUUUGGUUUUUUUAUUUGCAUAACUUUAGGUAUUGCGUUUGUCAGUUUAAUUAAUGAUUCUGUGAGGAAAAGCAAAGAUUUAAUGACCAGAACUUGAAGCAUUUGAUAUUUUUAUAGAAAACUGCCAACAAUUCAUAACUAAGAAAAAAAAAGGUUUUGUUUUAAAAUGUUCCAUUUUAAAAUAAAAAAAAAAAUACAAGAGUUAUUUCUGUGGCAAUAAAUAGUGCCAAAUGGCUACAUAGACAUAUCCAAAAGUUCUCAAUCUCUUAGAAUAUUUCUCUUAACUUGGUAUUAAAAAAAAAUAUUACCCACAUUCUUUUUUUUCCUUUGAUUUAACAAUAUUUGCUUCCACAUGAUCUUUGAGCUCUCUUUCCCUUUUCUUUACGUGCAGUGCCCAUACUUCAAUAAUGGCAACGUUGUUGAAGCCCUGAUGGUGUAAGGGAUAAGACACAAGCUUUGUAGAGGGUAGAAGUUGUACCUUUUAUUAUCACAAAUCAUAUAGCUGGACAAAGCAGGCUUCCAGUGACUUGCCCCAGGUCUUCCGUGCCCCGAAGCUUAUCUGUUUUUUAGUUCAAUCAUUUGGACUGACAGAAGGUAUCACCUAACUCACCAACUUUGCCUCAACCCACCCGCCCAUGGCUGUUCCAAAAGCAAAGUAUAGGCUUUCCCCUAUACUUAAAUAAAGGGAAAUGUCAAUCCUGCCAAAGCAUCUUUGGUUUCUCUAUUCUCCAGCUUUGUAAGAGAGAUGCUGAACCAAAGCCUUCAUUACAAAGUACCCAUCUAACAACUGUCUGAAAAAAGCUGUCAUUUUUUUAUCCAGCACCAACAGCUUCCUAUGCGAUAAUACAUAGCAUGUCCUACAAAAUGUUCUCUUUUUUCUUUUCUUUUUUUUUUUUAAUUAGGAAAAAAAAAUAGAGGUAUUUUUUUGCUGUCCUCUGAUUUUCUUCUGAAAUUGGACACUCCCAACAGUUGGGUAAGAGCAGCAGUCCAGCCUUGCAGCUAAUAGACAGAGGGUCCUGCAGUUAAAAGUCUGAGAAGGUGUUUAGAAAUUCCAGCAUCAGUUCCCUGCUGCUCCAGGGACUUGUUGCCAGAGACUGGGUCUCUCACUUCCCCGUGCACAGAAAAGAGUGAACGCUUCUUCCAGGUUAGCACUGUAACAGCAAGUGUUGCAAAGACACUGAGACAGCAAGAACGGAAGCCUUAAAAGCACUUUAGAUCAACCAACACAUGGUUUGUAACAGCAGGCUUCCACCUCCUAUAUUGGACCUAAGUUAAUUUUUACUUAAAUAUCAUUUUCUGUCACUUAAAUGUGUAAAAGUCAGGCACCUAAUGCAUGUAAUGUAAAAGAGCAACCAUUUUUGUUGCAACAUUGCCCUCUGCUUGAAAUGGCUGGGCUGAUGCCACAGACCUCACUCAAGCCUGGCCCAUGGAAAAGAGGCAAGUUUGAAAAUCCCCAAAAUAUGGAUUCUGGUGGCUGAGCCAAACAAUGAGCACAGCACAAUCCUUCGGUUUAAAAAACAAAUUAAAAUUAAAAGUUUUCUAUAUUUCCUUAAGUUUUAUAACUUCCAUAACAAGUUAAUGUAGAGGUGUCCCUUCAGUCAUUUGAAAAACUGGGAACAUAAUGUUAUUUUUUCUGAAAAAUGUCUGGUCAUUAAUUCUCAAAAUAAAAGUGAUUUUUUUUGUUCUCAGUUGCAGUUCAUUGCAACUUGUUGCUGCAUUCAGUUUUACCUAUUUAUAUGGCAUUCUGCUUAAAAUUUUUCAAUCAUGUUGUGUCUCACUGUUCCAAACCGUAGCUCUUGAGUAUUUUAUAGUCAUUAAUCUUCUAUUUUUAUUUUUAUUUUUUUCUUCCUAGAUAUUUUCAGUGACUAAAACUAAAUGCCAGUCAAUUUUUAUAUGCCUAAAGUGUUGGUCUGUAUUUUCUAUGUGCAGUUUUAUGAAAUCACGUGGGCCUGUUCAAUCUGCCUUUACAUUCUAGUGAACUAAUGAAGACCAAAUUAAGUCCAAAUGGGAUCUGAUCCCAUGCUCUGGAUCCACAGAAAAAUCCCAUUCAAGAUAAUGAUGUUGUUCUGGCAAGACCGAGGUCUGUGUUGUGUUCCUACCGUGUGCUUUUUCUCCCCGGUGACCCUUACUCUUUGGAAAAGCCCCCUCAGAUCUGUGCCACUUGGUGCAAAGGGAGGAGUCCAGCCAUAGGGAACAUAUUGCAGGAGCAGAUAUUUGAGUCUUUAAGCUCUUCUGAGCUAAACUUUAUGCAAACCUGGUUCUGUCCUAUUAAAAUCACUAAUUCAAUAGUGGUGAAAUCAAAGCCUCAAUCCCUGAAACGAAUGGGAGCCUGAUGGAAAAAGGGACUGACUGAAAUAUAAAUGAGGGUGGCAAGAGUCUCUCUCUCUUGAUUAAAAUCAACAGGAGCUUUAACUAUAUAAAUCAGAUAAGAAGACCAGGCCCUUAUUGACUGACGUUUUUUAAAUGUUUUCAGAGAAGCACAUUUAUUUUGAAAUUGUACAAGCAAAGGAAAUGCAGUUCUCUUUGUUAACAGAUGUUUGGGGUUUUUGAAAUCUUGGAAGCAAAAGGAUCAAGUUUUAGAAGUGCUUUUGGUAUGAUUUAAUUACAUACUUUUGACUAUGCUGAAUAUAUUCCAGAAGCACAGUUUUAGACAUUUGUUUUUUCUGGUCUUGACUGCAUACACAGGAUCCACUCCUGAAUACCUAGCUCAUGUAUAAUUCCUGAUAAAAACAUCUACUUGAGCAGUUGCAGGACUGGACCUAGCUUUCAUUCCAGUACAGCACAUGUAAGAACUGCAGUCCAGGAUCACUUCAUUCAUCAUGAAUUGCUACGUAGCAAAUUAUGCAAAAUUGCCUGAGUAUAUUUUUCUGUUUUUCUAAAAUUUUGAAGCCAUUUCAGACUUAUUACCCAUUCACCACAGUAAGGGGAGGGUUGUUUUUGAGAUCUGGAGUCAGUCUCCAACAGUUGUGGAAUUUCAAAACAACCUAAGGAAUCUUAAGAUGAAGUUACUCCCCUGUGCACCCGAAAGGGGUCUGACUCUUCGUAUCACUGGAAAAUGAAGAUUGUUCAGGGAGAUAGCUUUGCAAUUAAUCUAUUUUUUAUAUUUUAUACUAACUGCAGAAUUCUGAAUCAAAGUUUUAAUUCCUUUUCAAUGAUGAAACCAAAUGUACACAUUUAAAAGAUGUUCACAGAGUAAUCAGAACAAUUUUUGAGGAAAUAGUCACAUUAAUCCAAAUCUAGGGUGGGGGGAAUAAUAUAUCGCACAAAUUGCAAAGUUAGUUCAUUCAGGAAAGCUGUUUACAGGGGAAGCAUAUAACGUAAAGAAUGUAACAUGGUGUAGGAAGUUAUUGCACUAUAGAAUUUAUAUAAAAUACACUUUUUUAAAAUGAAAACACAAAAAGGCCUUUUAAUGUUUCAUUGUAUAGAACAUAGGAGCCUCUGUGCUAAUGCAGCAAUCUAAUGCACUGUGUCCUCACGUCAAAAUUGGUCUCAAAAUUCAAACAUUAGUGAUGUUAGAGAGGUGACAUCUGAUCUAACACUAGAGCAACUGACUUGAGCUUUUUAGCACAAUAUUACGCAACCAGAAGUGUGUACAGAAAAUUGUAUUUUUGCCUAUAACAUACAUAAAUCAAAAUGACACCUGGCUUCUUGAGUCUUUUCCUAACAGGUAGCAUUGGGCAACAUCUUUUUAUUCCUCAAAAAACAACUAGUUCUUUUAAAAGUAGGUCUCUUCCACAACACGUAGACUGAGCUUCUGUUUCCUUAGGACUACUUGAAACAAAGUUCACCUUCAAAUUAUUUAACUAACUCAGUCAAUCUCAUCUCUCAACCACAGUCCAGUACAAAAGCCAGUUGUCUUUUUCAAGCCCUAUUGCAAAUACAGUCAGCCUGGUAAAAACAUCCAGGGCCUACCUGACUGUUUUAUUCAUUCAUAUAAUUUUUGAACCAUUUGGAGAAAGAAUAAAGUUUAACAUUUUGAUCAUGCAAAAAAUCUUUUAAAAGCAAAAAAAAAAUGCAAGAAAUACUUUUUUUCAAAGUAGCCAGCACAGAUCAAGCAAGAAAUGCAAAUACAGCAAAGGGGGAAGAAAGGCAGAAAACUGUAAGUAAACAAGGCAUAUUUUAAUAUACUAUAUAAACCAGAGAUAUAAUAAAACAUAUAUAAAAUUGUCCUUGUUCACCCUUGGUAAAAAUGUCAGUAGCAAAAGAUUUCAUUGCAAUCCUACCCCAUCUUAAUUUUUAUCCUAGAACGACCAGGUCUCUACUGAGGUUUUCAGUGAUGUUAUUACCCACUUCCUUACAUAAACAUCUGAUCAGUGAUAAUUUUUCAGAAGACUUUCCUGAAAAAGAAGAUACUAUGUGUUUUUAUCUUUGUUGAUCUUUGGAAUUCUUCCCAUUGCCCUUCAAAGACCAACCCUCUCUUCUUCUUGGGAACAGUUAGAAGUCAACCGACCAAACGAGAUGAUAGGCGUGUCUUGUUUAUCAGGAAAGCAUUUUGGUAGUCUGGUGCAAAUGGCUAAAUUGACUCUAUUGCAUUUGAACCAAGGAGCAAGAACUGAGUGUCAUUUCUCUCUGUUAUUGUUGCAGCUAUACUGUUUCACAGCCUCACAUAUUUUCUAGUUUUAAAAUGCUCCAAUUCCUCCCAUGUCCCCCUCAACCUGCAAGAUGUUUCAGUGCUUUUGCAAGAGCUUUUGUAAAAGCAGUUGACUGCUAAAUGCUACUGAGAGCCAUCAGUGUAAGUGUGAAUAUUUGUCUCUUGUUCAAUAAGUUUUUAUUACUUAGUGGUACUCAGUUUAAAUUCCAGCUGAAAUGCUUUCAUACUCUAAACCAGAUCAAGUGUUCUGGGAGCCAAAUCCUUUGCAGCUACUCUAUCAGUUUCCUUCAUGAAGAAAGGUUAGGUGACUGGCAGGUAGAGACAAAAUUGUUUGCAUCGUGUGAUGGUUUCUUGUUCAGUCAUCAUAUACUAUGUGACAUCUGCAGGUGGAGUAACAUACUUGUCUUUGCAUUUGUUCUGGUGCAGGUUUAAAUAAUAUUUUUUGGAAAUGUUGUGUUACGAUAUUUGAGAAGUAUUAACCUUUAGUGCAAUGGACAUUUCUUCCAAAACAGCAGUGAUACCUUAUAAUCCUAUAUUAUUAAUUGCUAUUUAAUUCUCUUUUAUGACACCUAACACAGAUCCAGAUGGAUCCCAUUGUAGAACAAGGAAGUAGCAUACAAAUAUUAUUGCUCUUUUUAAUUAAAAAUAGCUAAGGAACAUGCCAUUAGCUAACAUUUAAUUCAAAAAGAUAAGAUUAUUCUAAUUAUACCUAUAAGCCAAACAGAAUGGUGACAUGUUGUUACCUUAGACACUGACUGUAGUUCUGUGGUUAACGUAAACCCUGAAUCUAAGAGCAGUCUGGGUAAUUAAUUUCAUUAGGGUAAAAUUUACCUCAAAUAAGAAUUUAAAUACAUAUUUAACAUCAGUAGGAGUAAUGUACACUUCUAAACCUGGAAGUCCAUGGCUAUGUUUACACUGGCAUCUUCGUGGAAAUCAGGACAGCUCUCUUGACCUGAAUCUCUCGGCUAUCCCUGCUUCUUGUGCUUUGGUUCACAUCAUAGAGCAAUCCUGGACCAUGCAAACUGGGUUACUUUUAGACAAAGCUGAACCAGAAAACUCGUUCCGUGAGAGUACCUCUUGUGCUGCAACCAGUACGAAGCACUCAGGCCUUGGUACCAGACUAGAGCUAGUCCAAAAUAGUACCCCUGAUACACUUAGUGUAAAUUGUCAGCACAAACUGUUUCCCUCAACAAAUCUGCUUCUGUUGUGUUGUACUACUUGCUAAUGUAGACAUAGACCAUCUCUACCAUGGUUGUUACCUCCAGUCCAUGUAGUCUUGGCUAAAUCCCUUACUAAAGCAAAUGCCAUUGUCAUCAUUGGUAUUGCAUAAAAAGAGCAAUAUUUAGGCAAAGAUGAAAUUGUCUCCAGUGUGUUCUCCAACUUAACCGAAGUGGAAUCAUGUAAACAACAAAUUCCUGAUAGCCCUUGGAUAGUUGUGGUUUGCAGUUUUGACCACACUCUUAAAUCUUGCAUAUUUCUAUAGUCAAUUUACUCUAAAGUUGGUGUUACAUUUAGUUAAGACAGUACAGACAGCACUAGAUCCACACUCUCUCCAAAAUAGUUAAAUCAGUGGAAUGAUUAAACUGUCUGCAAGUAGCCCUAUUUCACUUAACAGUAACUCUUAGUUUAUACUGGUAUGAAUAAAAGCAAAUGGCUGUGCAAAUGGCUAAGCAGUGAUGGAGGAGCAGAAGCCCAGCUUGAGUAUUUUGUGCUGAUCUACCAUGUCUAGAUAUCUUUCCAUUUAGAUCAUCAGUUGAAAUUUAUUUAAAUUUGGGGGUGAGUAGGGGUUUGAUCGUGUGCUUAGUUGCUCUGAUGUCUAGGAUAUAUUUUGUAAAAGGUAAUGCAAGAAAUAAAAAGUAUAUUCCUUAUCUUACACUUUUAACAAUUUCAAGGCGAAGGAUAUAUGUCUUAUACUGAUAUUUUCGCUCAAAGUUUUGCUCAGAUAGCAUCUCUCAGUGGAGGUUCAGAAUACAAAACAUUUAUGCCUGUUCUUGAAGUCCUUAAGCAGAACACCAAUGGGAAUUCUGCCUGUAUAGAACUGAAGGAUGGAGCAAUAUAUUAUAGCUUUAGGCAAAAGGAACAGUUUCUAACAUGUAUUACAAAAUUAAGAAAAAAGCACUGUUGGGGACAUUCAUGGGUACUUCUGCUAGGAUGCAGAGUUCUGGAUUUAUACCUCUAAAUUUUCAAAGAGUUAUGCAGAGUUUUACCUAUAUAACUCUUUAAAAAGUCAAAGGAGCCAUGCUGACAAGCUGAAACAUGGAGGGAUUACUGUACAAAGAACCUAAGAGUUGAAUACAUAGCCUAUUGCUUUAAGAUCACUGUAAAUAUCAACUAAGAAUAUGUACUAAUUCAUGUUCAUAAGUUAUUACUGUGUUAGUUUCAUAGAUAUGGUAGCAUGACUAUUAUUAGUUUUAUUGAGUUUAAUGAACUUUACUUUGUAUUCCUCUGUGAAUGCUCUGAAUGCUGCAAACAAAAAAAAAGCACAACAGUAUUUUUUCAAGUUCUCUUGGCGCGAUAGCAGUGUCUUCACUAUUGUUCAAUUUUACAGAAUUAGCACCAUUUCAUCAUAAAUUGCUAUAUUAACAACAUAUCUUUCUUUAAAAGAAGUGUCACUAGGAGAUAAAAGCAUCUGUGAUAAGUCUUGUCUAAUCUCAUUCAUCUGCCUUUACAAAAUGCCCCAGACAUUUUAUGGGAGAAUAUGCUGCUUUUGCUUCAUGCAUUGUUUGUAUUUGGGGGUGGGGCAGGGGAAUAAUAGGGCAUUUUGCAAUGGUAAUUGCAUCAAACAUGCUUUUUUUCAUUAUUAUUGUAUUUGUUAGAAACAUCUUGAUUUAAUUUCUUUUUGUAGGUAAGUCUGUUUGACAAUAGCUUUAUUUUUUCAGCUAACCAUCUGAUUCCAGUAGACUAAUAACUUCUCACAUUUAGUGGUAUUCGUAUCAAUGUCUCCAUAUCAGCUGCAUUUUAACUUCAUAAAAAAGAAAAUGUUAUUAUUAUUUUUGUCAUACUAGAUUUUGCCGAUCAACUAAAUAUUUCUACACCAAUCUACAUAUUAAUAUGCAUGUUGUAGUCUGUACAAUUGUUCAACAUCAAAAUAUCUGUUUAAUUUAUGUCAAAUGUCUGUAAAAUAAAUGCAUUGUUCUCCAUUUCAGUCUGAUAGAAUAAGCAGGAUAGUAAAUAAAUGUGUAAAUGAAUCAUCUGUGUCUCAUUUCAGUUCUCUGCAUGAAACCACUUUACAUUGAACAUUGCAUAUAUACCAAAACAAUAAUCCAUAGUGUCUUUAGAUUUCAUUACUUGACAAUAUUAUAC